GCUCUCAGGUUUUUGGUAUAUGUUGUGUCUGACGCUUUGUCUGUGUCCUUUCCUCUAGUCAGACCACUGGAUGCCAACAGAGAGCCAUAUAUCUGGAGAAGUGGUGAGGUGGUUGGAUGUGUAUCAGAGAAGCGGAUGUCAUCCCAGAGAGACGCUGGUGGAAGUUUGGCGGGAGUUUUCGUGGGAGACAAAUCACCUCUUCCUGCCGUCGUGUGUAACACUGCGCCGCUGUGGAGGCUGCUGCUCCGAUGAGGCACUGGAGUGUGUGCCGUCACAAACACACACACUUGUAAUGGAGCUCAUGAGGACCUCAUACAUGAAGCAUGAACUUGUGCAGCUGCCUUUUAUUGAACAUAACCAGUGUGAGUGCAGGCUAAAAGCAAAUCUUUAUGCAGAGCCAACCAGGCAAGGCUCACAGACAACAAGAAAAGGUAAAAAGGAGCAAAGGGGGAAACCAAAGCGAAAGAAACACAUGGGGAAAAAGCCGACUCUCGUGCCAACUACACCCCCUCCUCCUCCCCCUCCCACUCUACCGCCUAGCUCCGCCCCUCCACCACCUGCCAGAGAGGCGUGUCCUCCGUGCCCCACCCGCAGGAUGACAUCACAGCCUCCCUCUUGUGAAUGCAGGUGCAGUUUGAGGGAGGUGAGCUGUACAAAGAGAGGGAAGACACUUAACCACCACAGCUGCCGAUGUGAAACCCAAAGCGAAUAGUGAAAUCAAACCACCCGUAUAAUCCACCGAUCAAACUUUGCACAGCUUUGAGGAGGUCAAAGGUUUGCUUAUUCUUUUGUCACAGACUCUGAAGUUUGGGUCUCACGCAAAAAAAGAGUUUGCGUUCAGGAACAAACAACAGACCCACCCCCUGUGGCCCAUCUGGCUAUGUCCCGCACACUAUUACGACAGUAUUAGAUCCAUAUUCAUUCAUUCUGUACCGGGUGUGUACGGAAUAUCACCAGAUCCUACUGUUGAAGCUUUUCACCAUUAUGAUCCAAACUUCAGAUCACCUUUAACCAUUUGACAUUUGUAUUAUAGACGUUCAAUGGGUCAAGCGUAUCGCUGGAAUAUUCAAUGCACUAAAAGUGAACCAUAGUGUUCUCAUUGAGCUUUAUCCAAAACCAGUUUUGGGAUUUUGUUCAGCUUCAAUGGAUCCUCAUAGGCACAGACACACAGCUAGAGUGAUGCUAAGGAUGACGAGUGCGCUAAGAACUUUCAAAGGGAAACCUGAAUAAGGAAGGAGUCCUUUUUUUCUACCAAACUACUUAAAGUGGAGAGUUUUUGAUGGGAUGGAUGUUGACAGACCUUCAGUGUUGAGAGAACUCAAGUGUUUCGCUACACAAACAGAGUAUCUCAUCCUGAGAACAUCACGACGUCUCCUCUGACCCUCCUCAUGUGAUAAAUGGAUGGAUGGGUCGAUUAGAUGGAUCGACGGGUGUCUGUGUGGUCUGAAUUGUGCAUAAUAAGGAUCUGUGCGUCUAUCCUAAUUUAUUCCUGGCCUCUAUAAGUCCAUAAUGUGGCUUCACAGACUGUAUCAAAGAGUCUUUUUGUGUUUGUUUGAUUUGCUUUUUGUUCGGUUCCUUCCUUUGGGAAUUGAAAGCUUUUUCCCACUGGCUAGCCAGUGAGAGGAAUGCCAAUCAUAUAGAAACCUGGCUAUAUUCCAUUGGUGCUCACCAAACACAAGUCUUCUCUCUCCCACACCCCCAAUCACACUCGUUUUUCAUCUCUUUCUUUAUCCCUUUUCACUUCAUCUGUCUUUUUUCAUUCUUUCUCCCUCACACACACAGUCAUGCGUACACAUACAAAUGCAAGCAGGUAAAUAUAAGCUUUUCUGUGUUGAUACUGAAAGAAGAAUUUAUUUUAUCUGUCUUAUUCCUUUUGUAAAGAAUACUAAUGUUAUUGUAGUGCGUUUUGUUUUAAAGAAUGUUUCUUUUGUGUAUCUCUGUUAAUCCAACCUAUAGAGUCAGGCUGGGUGGCCGACCGUGUGUUGAGUUGGAGUAAAAAGCGCUGAAAGUCUUUAGGAAAAGGGAAAUGCCCAUUCUGUUUGUGUUUUGUGUCUUAAUCAUCUCACAGCAUUGGGAGUAUGAUGUAUUUAUUUUUUAUAUUGAAAUGCAUUUUAUAUUAUGCUUUGCAAUGUUUCUUUUGGGACAUUUAAUUAUCGACUGAUGAUUCGAGAAUAUUCAGUAUUUUUGGCUGAUUUCCUCAGAAUCAUGCAGCUCGGAUAAUGUAGCUGUCAGUCGAUGUUGAGGAUUGUUAGUUUCCAUCGAUGCCAGAGGCCGCAAACGUGAAAGAAUUGCUUUUUUUUUUAAUAGUGGUCAUUUAACCAAACACUUCUUUCCACCAUAUAUGUAGCAUUAUUGAAUGAAAUAUGAAUUUCAAGAGCAAGUUUGACCUCACUUUAAGUGAUUUCUCAGAUUAUUUGUUUAGUCAUUUUCUGCAAUAAUGUAAAUUAUUAGGAUCCCUCAGCACCCUUUCACUCUUCAGACUACGCAGAUAUAAGAUAUCCACGAGUUAUCAGCAUUCCCAAACUACUGAUCUGUGUUAGAGUCGACAUGAAAUUUCAUUAGCAACCCAUUUAACUUCAGUAUAUGAUGUAGUUUUAGUGAAUAUGAAAAAAAUAUGUAGGGUGGCGCUUAAUUUUAUGCAUUGGCAGUUGAUUGAAUGGUGCACUGG